AUGCCGACAUACUCAGGUCUACAGCGUCAGGUUCUGGCCUUAUACAAAAAGUCAAUGCAGGCAGCUAAGCACAAGGAUCACGAAACGCUGUGCUACGUACGCGAUCGUUUUCGUGAGGAUGUUAAGAAGGUAGAACGCAAGGACUUUGUCGUAAUUGAAUAUAUGCUUCGCAAAGGGGAGCGUGAUCUCAAGUUGUUGGACAAGAUGCAAGGAAAUUAA